UAAUUUUGAAAAAACAUGGCGGGUUGUUUAUGACAGAUCUACUUAGGUGUCUUAGUCUCAGAUUUAGAAUCUAGAUCUACUUACUGUAAAUCUACUCUAGAUUAUAGAGCAAUUGUGGUCGCUAGUCCCUUGCCAAACCUUUCUCCUUUUUCACCUGGGCUUGGGACCGGCAGAUGGUGGAGACGGAUUUUGGGAGUCAGUUAUACAGAUCGGGUCUCUGAACAGGAAAAUCCUAUGCCUAUUUUCUACAAAAGGAUGAGGAAUUCAUUGAGACUAUCUCCCAGUUUUUCAUAGUCCCAGUUCACAGUAAUGAAUACAGAUAGGUUUGAAGAUGAAAACCCUAGGACAAGUAAUGUUACAUCACAAUCAACACAUGUGACUGAUGAGGACAGGGACACGACUUGUUCCUCGGAAUGCCAGUCCAAUCAUUCCAAAGAUCCUUUUCAUCUAUCUGAUAAUGAAGAAGACUCAUCAGAUAUCUACAGGCCUGUUAUCAAAAAGCGCUGCAUAGCUGUCCUUGCAAAUGAUUUAAAUUUGAAUGUUUCUGAAAUUGCAGUAAAAAAAACUCCUCGUGUUGCUUAUGUUCACAGUCAAGACCUACUAACAAAAGCUAAUGAGCUGAUAAGAAUUGAAGGGAGGGCAGAGCUAGUACAUAGUUUGAUUAGAACUUAUGGACUUUUACAGUAUCUCCAAGUUGUGACACCUAGGCCUGCCACUCAGUCAGAGAUUCUAGCCUUCCACAGUUCAGACUAUAUCCAGUGCCUUCAAGAUAUCAGUGCAGUAAGCGAUAGUGAGGACAUUGAGGAGCAGCACAAACAUGAAGUUGAAAGCUAUGGGCUUUCCUAUGAUUGUCCCUUGCAGAAAGAUUUGCUUGAAACAGCAAGCUUAAUAAGUGGGGCAUCGCAGGCAGCAUCCCAGCAUAUAAUUAAUGGUUUAGCAGAUAUUGUGAUCAACUGGUAUGGUGGCUGGCAUCAUGCUAAGAGAGAUACAGCCUCAGGUUUCUGUUAUAUCAAUGAUGUUGUAUUGUGUAUAUUGAAAUUAAGACAACAAUUUGACAAGGUUCUCUAUGUGGACAUUGACCUGCACCAUGGAGAUGGGGUUGAGGAGGCCUUUGCAACAACAUCCAAAGUCAUGACUGUAUCAUUCCACAAACUGGCACCAGGCUUUUUUCCAGGUUCUGGGGAGUUAAACGAUGUAGGCACUGGUCGUGGUAAAUAUUUUACUGUCAACAUUCCUUUAAUGGAUGGUAUCAAAGACAAGGAAUAUUUCAGCAUUUUCACUAAAGUUAUGAAACAAGUUAAAGACAGAUUUCUGCCUGAUGCUAUUGUCAUGCAAUGUGGGGCAGACACUUUGUCAGAGGAUCCCAUGACAUCUUUUAACCUGACUCACUUUGGUAUUGCUAAAUGUGUCUGUUACAUGCUGACUUGGAAUUUACCUACAGUCUUACUUGGUGGAGGUGGCUAUCAUUUUCCCAACACAGCAAAGUGCUGGACAUUCCUAACAGCACUGGCUGCAGGAAAAAAAUUACCUGUGGACAUACCUGAACAUGAGCACUUCUUAGACUAUGGUCCCAGCUAUGAGCUGACCACCUCACCUGGGAACAAAAGGGAUUUGAAUACUGACCAGUACUUAGCAAACAUAGUAUCUACUAUAGAAAAAAAUCUCAACAAUGUAAGUUUGUCCUGACAGCAGUCAAUGACUACAGAAUCGUAGUACUUUUUUUCCCAACAGAAGCUAUUAUGUGCUGCUAUUUGGUCUCAGUAUGAGUGAAACUGAUCUGUUCUCCACUACAAGGUGUGCCUAUCAAGUUGAACACAUAACUGGCCAGCAGAUUGACAUUUGCUGAUACUUAUAACAAUAAACCUUUUGAUCAAGCUGCAGCUAUUAUGUUGACCUUCUCUUCACACCUAAGGGUCCUAGGGUUUGAGGUUAGCACUUGGUAACACAUUGACUACAAACCCUUGUCAUUACCAACCAGAGUUGUCCAGAAACCAUUGGCAAAUGUUUUUAGUGUUGAGCUCUGUUGAAUUAUUGUCACAUUAAUGUAUUGAGUUCUUAUUUCUAGUUUGUGUAAACUGUUAAAUAUUAAAGUAAAUCCAAUGAUUGUCAAGGAGCAUGUUUACAUUUGUUUACAAUUUCAUGUUGACUUUCUCUGUUAACACUUUGUUGUAAUAUUGAACAUUAAAAAAGACAAAAACUUUG